AUGAGAGACACGGCUACAUCAUGUAUGGUUGUGGAUGCACUGAUCAUUGCUAUGGUAUUUGCAGCAAUAAUCGCCGUGCCAGGAAACAGCGAGAAGGGGAUACCAAACUUUAGGCACGAAACACUCUUCAAAGUGUUUGUCAUAGCGGAUGCAGCUGCACUCUUUUCUUCUUCUACUUCUUUGUUGCUAUUCGUGAGAAUCCUCACUUCACGCUACGCAGAAGAAGAUUUUCUCAAGGCCUUGCCCAAGAGGUUACUUUUGGGUCUUAUCACCUUAAUUUUUUCCAUAGCAACCAUGCUGGUAGCCUCCAGCUCAGCCUUGAUUAUGCUCAUAGAUGCAGUCCCUGGUCCUAAGGUGAUGCUUAGGAAGUCGACCAUCAUUCCGGUGACUAUAUUGGCUGCUCUGCCAAUUAUCUUCUUUAUAUGGUCACAGUCUCUCCUCAUCGACGUGCUUCUAUCCACUUAUCGCCCCACUCUUCUUGCAACUAAGUGA